UCCAAACUUUAGCUUCUGCAAACGUCACGAGAAGCGAGUGGUGUGAGUUUCACAGAAGAUUAUUUUCACUUUGCUACGUAUCUGUUAUAUAUACGGCUACAAAUACUUGUGCGCAUCAAUAUACUUCAUACUUUGUAACGUUACACAAUGAGCGCGGGUCGGACUGUUGAGGGAGCGGGAUGUGUGACCUGGUGGGGAUUCGGACCAGCACGAGACCUCCUGAGCUCAGACACACACAGAGAGAGGCCUCAUGGAGAGCUGAAUAUUUUGCUGGUGGGCAGCGCAGAUCCCAGACACAUCCUGAAGACCAUCACUGGACUGACAGACUCGGACACACUACAUGUUUGGGUGAUUGAGAACAGCAUGGAGGUUGUUGCCAGACAGCUAGUACUACUUUAUGUAUCACUUCUGACCCCUGAGAACAUGAGUUUACACAAGAAGACAGAAGUGUUUCUGGAGGUGUUUGGAAACUCUGAGAUUCGCAAAGAGACGGAAGAAACGUUGAAACACGCCGCAUCUCAGCUCUCUCUGUCUAUCACAAACACUUUGUUUUCUGACUCGGAUACCCAUCCUUGCCUUGAUACAAGCCUUCUAAAGUUUAAGGAGAGAGAUGAGUUGGUACGGAUCUUUAAAUUGUGGGAACGGCCGCCUUCAGUUCCAGCAAGUGUCCGUAAGGUCUGGGAUGCCCGUGUUCGGCAGCACCUGGGGACACGUUAUGACUCACGCCAGGGCUGUUUCGACUGGGAUCUCACUAUGAAACUGCACCAGAGCGGCUGUGGUGUCAUUAGCAAACAUCAGUAUGUGAAAUGGAGAGAAAGCGGUGUAGCUUUUGAGAUGAGGGAGGGGCUCUACCAAACAGCCAAUCAGAGUCUGCUCUCCACACGAGUGUUCAAUCAUAGAGGAGAUCGGGUCGCUGUUAGAGGCUAUUGGGGCGACAUCGUCUCCAGUCCAUAUCUGUCCUUCGGCAUAGAGACAGAAAACAAAGAUCUGCUGAAGAAACAGAACAACCAGCAUGUGAAGACAGCUCAGGAUAUUUCAGAAGUGAACGUCCUGGCGUUAUUUGAAUCUCUUUCCACUAGAGGGAGCUCUUUACUGAAUGAAAAUGAACCAAACCUUUCAAGUUCCUGUUGUCAAUCCACAAACAGUCUCCUAACAGAAGAGAAGACACAGAAAGAUCCAUGUGCCUCUCAAACUCACACAAAACCUGAGCAACAUCCAGAACAACAGACACAAGUGCUUGAUUUGCUCAAUGUGAAUGGAGUGAAAGUGAAAUUUCUGUCUCCAGACUCACUCAGCAAACUUCCUCUCAAAAAUAAAUACAGGAACCUGUUUAACACCAUCUACUGUUCAGCCAGUAUGGUUCAUCAGCUGGAUUCUUUUCUGAGGGAGAUCACAGCGCCUGAUGCAUCUCUAAUAAUAGAGUUAGCAAACUUCCUGUUGGACCUUUCAAAAGAGCAAGUGUCAGGUUUUGCUGACAAAGUGAAGGAGAUCGCUGAAGAAUCGGGAUUCACAGAAACGCAUUACCAGAGCAGUGAUGUAUAUGCAGUUUUCACACAGAAACAAAACUGAAGGACUCUGACACUGAGAUAUUAUACCAACAAACAUCAUUAUAAUAAAACCACCAACACGUCUGUGCUUGAACAGUUUUAAUAAAAAAAACCUUUUCAUUCUCAUACAAAAUGUCAAGGAAUGACAGAUUUCCAGGGUAAGAGAGAAAGUGUAAAGCAGUGUACAGAUAGUCUGAAACCGAAGAAAGUCAGAGAAACAGAAUGCAGUACUGUCCCGGGAGGAAAGAGAGAUCGAUCGCUGGAUGAUUCAACAUUCAUCAGAAAGAUGAGGUACUGUAAAACACUGCUGCUCCAGACUAAUAUCAGCACUACACAAACGCUUGCAUUGCUACUGUUCUCAGUUUCAAGUUAAUCAUUGGAAUACUGACAAUAAUAAUAAUAAUAUAACAACAACAGUACAAUUCUUCAGUAAGGUUAAAACUCAAACAGUGUAAGCAGUGUUAUGCAUUACAGAAAAAAGACAAGAACUUUUUGAUAUAGACACAUAUAUAUAAUAUUUCCACAAUGACAUAUCUAGUUGUGCAAAUGGGUCUUGUGCACUUGAAAGGCAACUUUAUAUUGUUUUAAAUGGCUAAUAUGAGGGCGUACAGACACAAUAAAGAGUAGAGCUGCCAACAGAUUGCAAGGACAAAACAGAAAAACUUCAAGGAUGUCUAGAAGCCCUUGCUCUCAGUCCGGCCAAGUGACAUCCUGGUGAAAAACAGCUUUAAUGCAGACUGUACAGUGAUUGUACAUUUCUGAUGUUGAUGAGCGUCUCAUUAAUUCACCUUCUUGUCCUAUGCAAAGUGUAAUAGUUUUGAUGUUGUGUCUAAUGCAGCAAUUGUUCAAUCAAAGUGGUUAUAGUAGUAUAGUUAGUUACAGGAAUAUAUCCUGCCUCUCAACUCUAAUCGGUCUAUUUUAUUCAUAUUAUAAUACCUCUUGUUUUCUUUUCAUUAUUCUGUCAGUAAUUUAAAUGAAUAGUUUACCCAAAAAUGAAAAUUUACUGAAAUACCAACCAAAAUGUAGAUUAAGUUCGUUUCUUCAUCAGAAAUUAACUGUACAUCUCUUGUUCCCCAAUGGAUCCUGUGCAGUAAAUGGGUGCCGUCAAAAUGAGAGUCCACACAGUAAUCCACACCAAUCCAGUCAAUCAGUUAAGGUCUUGUGAAGCUAAAGGAUGUGUGUUUGUAAGAAGCAAAUCUAUCAUUCAGGCAGUUUAACUUUAAACUGUCACUUCUGGCCAAAAUACGAGUCCAUAAUCCAUAACAACAUAUUUAUUUAGAACUGUUUUUGUCUUGUAAACAGUGCUUUGAUUUGUGCAUAUUUCUCUCCUGAUUUAGACAACAUUUUCACUGGAUAAAGCAAAUAUUAUGGAUUAUGAACUCCAGUUUUAAGUGAAAAACAUCUUAAUGAUGAGUUUGUUCAUUACAAACACAGUUUUUACAGUCAAGUUGAUUACUUCAGGAUUAUUUUGAUGUUAAUCAGCUGUUUGGACUUUUUUUCUGACGGCACCCAUUCAGUGCAGAGCAUCCCUUGCUGAGCAAGAGAUGUAAUGCUACAUUUCUUCAAAUCUGAUGAAGAAACAAACUCUUGAACGACAAGUAAAUUUUUUUAGCAAAUCUUCAUUUUGGGGUGAAAUAUUCCUUUAAAUAAAGCUUAACACUUCUCUACUUUUUUGAAAAUAGAAUUUACGUGGAAUAUUUAUUAAAGGGUUUAGUAUUAUUAUUAUUGAAUAUAUAAAAAUCAUGACCACAUUUAGCUUUGAAAGCAUUCUGGCCGUCUAAUUAGUUCAUUAGAAGGUUAACCAAAUGAUUUAAUUCCAAGUACACCUUUUAAAAUCAAAACCAUAUCAGAUUUUGUAUCACAUACCUAGCUUUGUUAAGGAAACAUGUCUUUGUAAAGUAAACAGGAACUAUUUGCAAUUAACUGGCCUUGAUUUUUCUUUGAAGUUAAACUGUGCAUUUGAAAUAUUGAGAUAUUAACAAAUGUGUUCCUUCUCAGACAUCACUUUCUUUAGACCUAUUACACAUUCUUAAAUUUGCUAAAUUAAUUGUAAAUUGUUAUUAAGUUAUUUUAUCUUAACUCUUCCUUGUGUAAAAAAAAAAAAAAAAAAAAG